GCCGCUUGAGAGUAACCAUCUCUCUCUGAUCGCGAUACAGCUGAUAGCUUGUCUCACACUAUUACAAUCCUCACCACCCAUAACAUUUAUCUAUCAUGGCAUCCGGCGUUGGUGUUAAUCCGGAGUGCCUUUCGGCAUUCGAGACACUCAAGCUGGGCAAGAAGUUGAAAUUCAUUGUCUUCACGCUCAACUCGGACAACACAGAAAUUAUUGUUCACAAGACAUCAGACUCGCCAGACUACGACGAGUUUCUGGCCGAACUUCCCGAGAGGGAGUGCAGAUGGGCUGUUUAUGACUUUGAGUACGAGAAGGGCGAGGGCAAGAGGAACAAGAUUUGCUUCUACUCUUGGUCUCCCGAUGAUGCCAAGGUCAAGCAGAAGAUGUUGCUCGCAUCGUCUAAAGAUGCCCUGCGGCGAUCCCUCGUUGGCAUUGCCACAGAGGUGCAAGGUACCGACUUCAGUGAAGUGGCAUAUGAAAGCGUGCUAGACAAAGUUUCUCGCCGUUAAUUGCUUAAAUACACUCAUAUCAUAUCAUUCUCCUCAGUUUCUUCGUCUUCGUCUUCCCCUCGCCUGUUGUCUCUAUACUCCCCUUUGUUGUACUUACUCUGAUCUCGCGGACAGCUUGAAGUCCAUCAAACAAAUCAACAAAUGUAGACUUACUACACCUGAUAUAAAUCGACUGUCCCAACGCGGGCAUUAUUGUAAAUGCGAUCGGAGUGGUCUCUUCUCUCCUGGACGUCAUAACGCAUUAUGAGCGAUCUCUGUCAGAUCUUAUGCUGUAAUCUAUAGCCUAACCCGCUUAU